UUGUUCCCUCCCACUUUCACAUUGCGUUGUAUGUCACUUGCUGUCUGUCAUACACAUUUUUCAAGCUACUAAAUCAUCAAAUUCAGCUGAAUACUCUCUUUUUGGGCCAGAGAACAUUAAAAGUUUUUACGGCAACAUGGCAGAUGUAGAAAAGAUGCCUGUGGGACGAAAUGAGAAGGGAAACAGUGAGUUUGGCUAUGUUGGCAUCGAUGCCAUCUUGGAGCAAAUGAGGAGGAAAGCCAUGAAGCAAGGCUUUGAGUUUAACAUCAUGGUAGUGGGUCAGAGUGGUCUGGGUAAAUCCACGUUGAUGAACACACUUUUUAAAUCUAAAAUAAGUCGCAGAUCUGUCAUGACAACAGAGGAAGAGCGAAUUCCCAAGACUAUUGAGAUCAAGUCCAUCAGUCACGAUGUUGAGGAGAAAGGAGUGAGAAUGAAGCUAACUGUCAUUGACACUCCAGGUUUUGGAGACCAGAUAAACAAUGAGAACUGCUGGCAGCCCAUCAUGAAGUUCAUCAAUGCACAGUAUGAACAGUAUUUACAGGAAGAGAUCAACAUUGAUAGGAAGAAGAGGAUUCCAGACUCACGAGUCCACUGCUGCAUAUAUUUUAUUCCUCCUACUGGACACUGUUUGCGGCCAAUUGACAUUGAGUUUAUGAGACACCUAAGUAAAGUGGUGAACAUCGUUCCUGUUAUCGCCAAGGCAGACACACUCACCCUGGAGGAGAGAGACUUCUUCAAACAGAAGAUAGGAGAGGACCUGCGAGCCAAUGAAAUCGAUAUUUAUCCUCAGAAGGAAUUUGAUGAGGAUGCAGAGGACAGAAUGAUUAAUGAGAAGAUCAGGGAGAUGAUCCCGUUUGCUGUGGUGGGAAGUGAUCAAGAAUAUCAGGUCAACGGAAAAAGACUUCUGGGCAGGAAAACAAGAUGGGGGAUAGUAGAAGUGGAGAACACUGCACACUGUGAGUUUGCCUACUUGCGGGACCUGCUCAUCAGAACUCAUAUGCAGAACAUCAAAGAUAUCACAAGCAGCAUCCAUUAUGAAAUGUACCGUGUACGCAGACUCAAUGAGAAUAACACGCAACCAAACGGGCAGCUAGCAAUCCACACCAAUGGCGUACCUGGGUAUGAAGUCCUCUCCAAUGAAAUGUAGAUGUCUGUCUGACCAUCCAUCUAUCUUCCCAUCCAUUCAUCCAUCAAUCAGUCCAUCCAUCUAGCUUUCUUUCCAUCAGUCUCUUCAUUUUCAUCAGUCACUUCCUCAGUUCAUUUUGCUUUCAUCAUUUUGCCUGGCUUUGUCUGUUGACUAUUGUUUUAUAACACCAAAACUAUUUCCAAUCAGUGGAAUAUGAAUCUUUAAAUGUGUAACAAAAUGAUGUUUUGGAAUUAGAUUUUUAUUAAAGAUGUGUUAUGAUGCUUUUUCAAUGUUCUCUUUUAUGUUAACAUCUUAGAGCUCAGAAAAAAAAAUACAUCUGUCAAAAGUUUAUCAUACCAUAAUGCUUAAAGCUCUCUCACUUAAUCAUUACAAAUAACACAAGUGGUUAAGUUGAAAUCUGAACAAAAUCAUACUUUGACUA